GCUCUAACGAGAAACAACGUGACGUCAUCAUGAAACCCACUUGCCAAGAAUGUAACCUUGGAAUUAUCUGAAUUAAGCUUAUGUUUGAUUGAUUAUAGUCUUUUUUAAUUGUAUCUGAAAGUAGAAUUAUCCAAUAAGUCAAUAGCAUUUGUCAGAAGGGUCAUUUUCCCGUUUCUGAGUAGAAUGUCUCGACAUGAGGGGGUCAGCUGUGAUUCUUGUCUGAAGGGAAACUUUCGCGGGCGUCGCUACAAAUGUCUGGUGUGCUACGACUAUGACUUGUGCUCAACCUGCUUUGAGGCUGGUGCUACAACAACCAGGCACACAGCUGACCACCCGAUGCAAUGUAUUCUCACCAGGAAUGAUUUUGAUUUGUACUAUGGAGGAGAAGCUUUAACAGCAGAACAACCUCAGUCUUUCACUUGUCCCUACUGUGGAAAGAUGGGCUACACAGAUGCCACACUUCAUGAGCACGUCACUGCAGAACACGGGGAGGCCUCCACAGAAGUGGUCUGUCCUAUCUGUGCAUCACAUCCAGGUGGGGACCCAAACUGUGUGACCGAUGAUUUUGCAGAACAUCUCUCAAUACAACACAGAACACCAAGAGAAUUCGAUGAACCAGCGGGAGUUCGACAUGUUCGUAGAAUCCCCCACCCCGGCCGAGGUGUGAGCGGCACUAGGACGAGGCGGGCCAACAUGCACUUCUCGUCUGGAGGGUCGGCCCUGUCUGGACUGUCUCCCGGCACACGGGACACCAUGGAUCCAAUUGCCGAGCUUCUGUCUCAAUUGUCCAGUGUUCGCAGUCGAGCUGCGGCAGCACAGAGUGUAUCUUCACAGCUACAACAGCUCGAGAUGCAGCUGCAGUCAACAAGUUUGGAGAGCUCACAACACUCUUAUCUACCCUACAGACAACAACUAGAGAGACUACCGAACAGGCGGCAGGUGGAGUCUAGUAAAAGUAAUGUGACUAAUUCAGCGAAUUCAGGGAGCUCGACAGAUAACCAAGGCGGACAGGCACAGACCAGUGCCAACAACGCUGCCAAGUCUAACUCUCCGUAUUUGUUGGUUAGGUGUAUGGAGAAUGCGGAUAAUGCCAGCAAGAGUAUCGGUCAGGAGGCAUAUGAUAGGAGUAUAUUUGUACAAGAACUGUUGUUGUCAACUUUAACAGAGCAACUUCAUGUGUUAGAGGAGACAUCAGUCUGUAUAGAGGAAGAGGCUCCGCGGUUAUCUCCCCCUAGUGAUGAGGCACCGGAGAGUGUGUCACCUUCAAAUUCGAGCACUCACAACAAAGUUCCUCCUACAAAGCCACCUACGUCGGAGAAAAGUAGUUCUACAACGUUGGCCAAAGCACAACAGCCCACUGGCGGAGGAGGAGGGGGUGGUAUGGCCGCUAACGGAUCGGGGGUGACGUCAUCAAGCUCACGAGGGGGACCGUCUCAAGGCGCCUCGCCUGUCGUCCGCCAGGGUCACAGUUCUCACGGAGGAGUACAGCAAAUGUACAAUUCACACUCUGGGGGUAAUUCUAUGUCUGCACUAGCAGGGGCCAGCAUGAGUAAUCCCGUGCCAUUGCCGGGGCGACCCCUCUCGGGGGGCAGAGAGAGAGACAAUAGAAUGAACCCUGCUGCUGUCAAGAAAACAAUGUUCAAGCCCAUGCCAACAUCUCAAAUGUCAGAUCGGGAACCCCCACCCCAUUGAGAGUGACAGUGGAGUCCUACCUGUAUUCAAAGCAUCUUAAAAUCCAAAAGACAGUGGAUAUGUGUUAGGAUAUAUAUUUAUUUGCUUGUAAAAUAAUGAUUUUUUUUUUGUUUCAUUGAUCUAUUAAUUCAUGAAAAAAAUUGUAGUGUAACUUGUCGAUAUUCAUUUAAGAAAAAAUUAUACGCCAAGUUGUGUAUACAUCUUAUGAAAAAGUGGCAGAUGGUAAUAUCAUUUGCUAAUGUGGUUUUCUCUUUUCUAAAUGUGUACUGUGUGUACAUUUUCUUAUAUCAUGAUAAUUUAUCUGUUCCCCAAUAUUGGAUUUGCCUAUCCGCUGUGAUAUAUAGAUGUGCUAUCCAUUUAUGCUAAACUUAGGAGACAGUACUACAAGGCCAUUCCAAUCUAAUGUUUUGUUUUUCAAGUAGCAAGAAAGAGAUCAGUAUGUGAUUUAUAACCCAAACCAUCACCCAGUUUGUGCUCUGCAGGAAAAAAAAACUGUACAUGUAUUAUACCCUGCUAUACAUGUAGUUAAUGUAUUUCAUUUGAUUUUCAAGUACGAGAAACUUACUUUGUUGAUACAGUUCAUUUCUGUUUAAAAUUUCAAAUCUUUACAUUGAUUGGAAAAGCAAAGAUUUGAAUGAAGUUAAAGCAUGUGCACAGUAUUUCUCAGAAGUACCUUUUUAUCACAUUCGACUAUUUAGUGUCCUUUUUAUAAAUUAAAAAGGUCACUUGGUAGUUUAGUAAUUUACAUGUUGCUUUAGGAAGUAAAACUUUGAACAAGAUGUGUUGUCUUGUGUAAAUCAAAACUCUAUCCUUUCUGAAAAAGCACUGUGAAUGUGGAAUUCCUAGCGAAAUAAAAGUUUUGAUUUACAAUUUCUUUACUAUUUUUCCAAGAAUCUGGAGGGUUGAUUUGGUUUUUUUUUUUUUUUUUUUUUUUUUGGUUCAUGAAUGAAAUGUUUUGAAUUGUUCCAUGAAAUUGUAAUGACCUAUUACAGGGAAAGUACUGGAGGAAUGUCGACUGAUGAUUUGAAAAUUUUAUAUUAAAAUUUGAACAAGUACUUGCAAUUAAUCAAAUGCAUACACUUGUUUGUUUAUAUAAAUGUGUACCCAUGUGAUCUAUAAUCUAACUGGCUUUUACUGUAUGGUUGUCAUACACUAAGAAGAUUGUUCUUAUUACUUUUGUUGUUGCUUAGUCGUUCCACAUCAAUGCUGUAUCUAUCCACACAGGAAAAUUGAUAAACCCAAAAAUGAAAUCAAAUGUUAUGUAUCCUUAUUAUAGAAGAAACCAUCUCAACACAAUUUUUUUAUAUAAAGUUAUGACUCUUAAACAGAUGUGAUCAAAAUCAAUCGAGCAUUGUUUGUUCAUGUACUCCAGAGCACAUUUCUCUCUCUUUUUCUAAAUGAUAGAAAGCCAUCGGGAAUCUGUUCUGUUUUUUGUAAUGUAGACCGAUUGUAUGUUGUCUUGCAUUGGGGAAAAGUAUUGAGGUUUACGUUGAGCACGAAGUCUUGUGUCUGGGUUAUUAGUAAGUAAGAGAGUGAGGAGUUCUUUGAAAAUGGAAUAAAUUCCUAAUGUAAAAUUA